AUGGAAGAGCUUUCAUCAAAGUUUAAACAAGUGAAAAAAGAUAAAAAUAAGAGAAUGUCAAUUCAUCAUUUUCCCAUCUUUGAAGAUACAAUUAUUGACACAAAAUCAGCAACGAAUUCUUUGACAACUGGACGAUAUAAGAUAAAAGAUAUGCAAAAUGAAUAUCUUGUACGGUUUAUUGGGGCAUGCCUCGAUCCACCAUGUUUAAUCACUGAAUAUUGUUCAAAAGGCAGUUUACAGGUAAACAGUCUACUGUGGUCCGCUCCAGAAAUCAUCAGAGAUCCGCAAGCACCACCAGAAGGUACUCAGAAAGGAGACGUUUAUAGUUUUGCAAUUAUACUACAUGAAAUUGUAUAUCGACGGGGUUUAUUUGCAAUGAACGAAACACAAUUAGAACCUAAAGAAAUAUUUCAUGCAAUAAAAUCUGGUAAUGAAAUUCGUCCAUUAUUUCUUGGUGAAAAUACAUUAUUUGAAAUUGGUGCUUUGAUGAAAAAAUGUUGGUGUGAAAAUCCAGCAGAUAGACCUGAUUUUAGUGCAAUAUCAAGUACAAUUCGGAAACUCAGCAAAAAAUUUGAUAACGAAAAUCUCGUGGAUAAUUUAUUAAAACGUAUGGAACAAUAUACAAACAAUUUAGAAGAACUUGUCACUGAAAGAACAAAUGAUUAUUUGAUAGAAAAGAAAAAAGCAGAAGAAUUACUUUAUCGUUUAUUACCACAAUCAGUCACUACCGAAUUAAUGGCUGGAAAAUCAGUUACGGCUGAAUCGUUCAGUUCAGUGACAAUUUACUUUAGUGAUAUUUGUGGUUUUACACAAAUAUCUUCAGAAAGUACUCCUAUGCAAAUUGUAUCACUUUUAAACGAUCUUUACACAUGUUUUGAUUCGAUUAUUGAAGCAUACGAUGUGUAUAAGGUUGAAACCAUUGGUGAUGCUUAUAUGUGCGUUUCUGGACUACCCACACCAAAUGGAAAUUUACACGCAAGAGAAAUAGCUCGAAUGGCACUGGCUAUUUUAGAUGCUGUUAUUAAUUUUAAAAUUAGACAUCGACCCGAUGAACGAUUGAGAAUACGAAUCGGAAUACACUCUGGUUCUUGUGUUGCGGGUGUAGUCGGUUUGAAAAUGCCUCGAUAUUGCUUGUUCGGCGAUACCGUUAAUGUAGCAUCAAGAAUGGAAUCCAAUGGAGCUCGUGAUAUGUCAACAUGGUGGUUACUCGGAGAAGAAGGUGGACUACAAGUGCCAUUUAAUCAAUUGGACUAUGAUAAUGAUAUUAUAGCAACACCUCCACCGUCAAAUUUUUUAGUAGAUUUUAAUCAAAUUCAGAUAUAA